AUGAAAGAUCGAGAAAACGUAAAAGUAGAGAGUCGGCCGACGGACUCGAUUACAAUACUUCCUUUGCUUACGCUCGGGAAGUAAAAAUUGGUCUAAAGUUAUUUACAUAGAACAUCCCUUGAAAAAUUUCACCACCAUUCCCAUAGAAACCAUCUGGCGUUUAAUCAAUCACCCAAAAAUGGACGCCAUUCUCUUACCCACAGAAAUCGAAUUUUACGUCGACACGAUGACCCCUCAGAACAUCCGCGACGUGGGAAGCAAACAGUGGCUCGAGUGGCACCAGCGCCUCCAGAAACUCAACCAAGAAGCCCUCAUUGAAGCCUCCCAAGUGCGCGAGGAGCACGUCAAAGAAACCCUCGUCACCUUGCAGAAAUCUCCGGUCCUCGUCCACGAAGCCAUCCUCAUUAACAUCUGGAAGCACAAGAUCCUGCCGCAGCUGCUCAAACUGGACCCGGCACCCAAAAACACCUUCCUGGCUUACACCAUCCUGUACCACGAAGCCGUCUGCGUGGCGCUCUUGGAACUGGUGAUGUACCACGCCAACUGCUGCGACUCCCUGGGGGAUUCUGCCGCCGAUCUUCUGGACUACGCUUGCGGUACGGGGUCGCAGUUGCUGUCAGUGCAGAAAUCGGACAUCCAGCUGAAAGAAUCCACCAGGGAAGAGUUAAUGCGGCAGUUCAACGAUCUGACUUUUGACAUUGGCAUAAGGUCGCUUUCGAUUAUUCGUUAUCUGGCGGAGAACUUGGAGGUGCUGACUUUGAAUAUUUGUUCGCGGAUUUACGAUACGCAUGAUGUGCCUGUGCUGUUUGCGCAGCUGCUGCUGGUGCGCCCGUGGGUGAAGAACGGGAAGCAGUACAGAGGCGGGAAGUGGAUGGACUGGGAUGGGGAGGCGCUGGGGCAGGUAGAGGCGCAGGUCUGGUUGACUUUGCGCCAUUUACUCUUAGAUCCGGCUUGCAAAGACUACUACACGAUCACUGAAGCUCGUCGUUCCCAAUUAACUAAAUUAAUGAUGAUGUUAACCCCUACACUCCUAGAUCAGCUGUCGCCCCUUAUCGAACUCAAACAAUGGCUAUCACACAUGUCUAUAAUGGAACAAGUGGCGAAAGCUUCCAAACCCAUUCUCCUUGAAACCGUUCUAGAAAUCAAGGAAAAAAUUCUUGAGCAAUCUGGAGGUAAAUGGAAGAAAUUAGCAAAAGAACAACUUCCUACAAUAUUUUGCAACGACCAGAAGACGCUAAUGGAAAAUGCGCAAAUGUUGAGUGAAGCCUACAACACCGACUUAAUCGACAAGUUUGAGGUCAAAGAGAAAGCGUCGUGUGAACAAUGUGGCAAAAAUGCCAUACAAAGAUGCUCGCGUUGUAAGAAAGUCUGGUAUUGUUCACGUUCGUGUCAGGUGACCCACUGGCCGCAACACAAGGAAGCUUGUAAUAAUACUGAAUAGUUGUAUUAAAGUUUUAUUUUUUAUAAAAUAAACAAUUACUUAGCA